AGCUGUUGGUCUGUACAAGAUUUUACAUUAGAGCAACUGAGUCAGUACGACGGUCGUGGACCUGAUAAACGCAUAUUAGUUGCGGUGAAUGGCAAAGUUUUUGACGUAACGAAGAACGGUGGUCCGUAUGCAUCUUUCGCGGGUCGAGAUGUGUCACGAGCAUUAGCUUGCUUCAUGGCGGAUGAGUCAUUCGUUCGAACUACAUACGAUGAUCUUUCUGAUCUUUCUGUUGAACAGUUGGACAGGUUGAAAGAGUGGGAACGUCAGUUUAUCGGUAAGAUUCUUGGUGUUAAACUGUUCACGAUCAUCUGUUGCAAAACAUCUUAUGGUAACAAGACAGACAGUUGA